CUCUCUCUCUCUCUCUCUCUCUCUCUCUCUCUCUUCAAUCCACUACCCUUGCUACGACACUAGCAUCACUUGACGACCCAUUUCUCCUCACUCAUUCACAUCAAAAACCCAUCUCUCCAUUUCUCCAAAAACAACCGAAUUCACCAACUUCUUAUAAAAAGCAGAGACUCUCAGUUGUUCAAUUUUGCGACUUUUUAUUUUGUUGUUUUUUCUUUUUUCGUUCUUUGUUUUGUUCGUCAUUUGUUGUAUAUGUCAUUUUCAGGCUUAUGGACCGCACAAUUUGUAUUUGAUUUUAUCAAUAUAAGUUGUGAUUUUCCAAACAGAAAAUGGAUCUGGUAAACAAGAAGUACCUAAUCCACCUAUCAGAAUCUCUCUCCCCACCCAACAGCCCCCCAGACUGGGAACCCCUGCACUCCUCCAACUCCAGUUUCCCUAUCCUCGCCGUUGCGAUCAUCGGCAUUUUCGCCACCGCAAUCUUGCUCGUCAGCUACUACGUUUUCGUAAUCAAAUGCUGCCUUAACUGGCACAGAAUUGAUCUCUUAAGCCGGUUCUCUCUCUCGAGAAACCGACGCCGUGGCGACCAGCUCACCGUGGGGCUGUUCUCUCCGAGAGUGCAGCGAAGGGGGCUGGAGGAAUCCGUGAUCCAGUCCAUCCCGGUGGUUCAGUUCAAGAGAGAGAACGGGGAGUUUUUUAGAGAGAGAAGCUUCGGCGAAUGCGCGGUUUGCUUGAACGAGUUUCAAGAAACGGAGAAGCUGAGGAAAAUACCAAACUGCUGUCACGUGUUCCAUGUCGACUGCAUUGAUGUUUGGUUACAGGGGAAUGUCAACUGCCCUCUUUGCAGAACAAGUGUUUCCAUUUCUAUCCCAUCCCAGUUUCCACUAACCCCGAAUAGUCCGAACAAGGAUAAUUUCGCCGGCCGGGACGAAGAAUACGUGGUGAUUGAGUUGGGUGAUCAGGGUUCUGGUCGCCAGACGUUGCUUGGAGCGCAAGAAAGGUCAGUGGCUUCGGGAUUAGCCGAGGUGCACGUAAACAGGUCCGGACAGUCAGAGAGGUCCAACGAAAGGUUGAAUUCAAGGGAACAACCCGACACGUCGACUAGUCCUUUCCGGAGGAAAUUCGGACCGAAGAUCGCGCACAAGAAAUCGAAGAAAUUUAGCCAUGUUUCGAGCAUGGGGGAUGAGUGCAUUGACACCAGGAGGGAGAAAGAUGAACGGUUCGAGAUCCAACCGAUACGGAGAUCAUUUUCAAUGGAUUCGGCUAACGACAGGCAAUUGUAUUUGGCAGUUCAAGAGAUUAUUCAACAGAAGAAGAAUGGGAAUGGUGAGGAAACUGGUUUAGGGGAUGGGGGUAGUGGCAGCAACAGAAUACGAAGAUCAAUGUUUUCAUUUGGGAAUGUAAGGGGAUCUAGAAGUGCAAUUCUUCCAGUUGAUUUGGAACCAUAGGAUACUUUUAUUUUUCAUUGAUAUAUAGUAUAUUUUUUGUUUCCUUGUUGUAUUUGAUCAUGUAGGUGUAGUGAUAGUAGAGUUUGUUUAGAAGCAGAGAUAGUUUUUAUAUCAUUUGUAGCCACAAGUUUAAUUCAAUUUGAAAGAUUGUUAAUAGCAA